UGGAUGCUAUAUAGUUUUUUUGUGUGCAAUGCUUCCUCAGUCACUGUUGUCGACUUCUUUCACUAAAUUUGUUCAACCCUAAUUUGCCUUUCGGCUGUUUGAACCCACUUCGAAUUUCAACUGUGGCUUACCUGUGCAGCUGUGGCAAUAAUUUGACCUGUGAAUGUACUAGCCGACUGGCUCUCAAGGGUCCCUCCCCAACUGGCUCGUUUCAGCUUAGAAAUCCGAAACCGCGCGCACCACAAGUGGGCUUGCUGCGCACUGCACCGCGUCGGAUGCUAGGCAGGCUCGGAAGGUAUGUUUGUAGUCCGUUUGGACAAAAUGGGUGCUCAAUCAACAACGAGGAACGCCUUGCGGCGUCACACAGUAAAACACUGGACAAAACACUCAGAACGGAAGGAGAGAGAGCGAGCAAAGAGGUGAAGCUGCUCCUUUUAGGAGCGGGCGAAUCAGGAAAGAGCACAAUAGUUAAACAGAUGCGUAUCAUUCACGAGUCCGGCUACAACGAGGACGACUGUCUCAAGUACAAGCCAGUUGUGCACAGUAACACCAUCCAGAGUCUAGUCGCCAUCAUUAGAGCCAUGAGUCACCUAGGAAUCAAGUUCAACAACCUGCAGACGGAGGACGACGCCAAAGAGUUCUUCAUCAUGGCCGCCAACCCAGAAAUCAACCAGGAGAUGUGUGCAAUCAUGAAGCGACUCUGGGAGGACCCAGACCUGCAGAGUUGUUUUCUGCGUGCAAGAGAGUACCAGCUGAACGACUCUGCCUCCUACUAUCUCAAUGCACUGGAGAGAAUAUCCACCCCUGACUACAUACCCACAGUGCAAGAUGUACUCAGGACCAGGGUGAAGACAACCGGGAUAGUGGAGACUCGAUUCCUGUUCAAGACACUCAGCUUCAAAAUGAUUGACGUGGGCGGACAGAGGAGUGAGAGGAAGAAGUGGAUCCACUGCUUCGAAGGAGUGACCGCCAUUAUCUUCUGUGUGGCCCUGAGUGGCUACGACUGUCUGCUAGCAGAAGACGAAGAAACGAAUAGACUACAGGAGAGCAUGCGAUUAUUUGAUUCUAUCUGCAACAAUAAGUGGUUCAUUGAGACAUCCAUUAUUCUGUUCCUCAACAAGAAAGAUUUGUUUGAGGAGAAGAUAACGAAGUCUCCCCUGACCCACUGCUUCCCAGAGUACUCUGGCCCCAACACAUUCAUGGAGGCUGGCCAGUACAUCCAGAUGAAGUUCGAGAACCUCAACAGACGCAAACUCACCAAGGAGGUGUACAGUCAUUUUACAUGUGCUACGGACACCAGCAACAUCCAGUUUGUGUUCGACGCCUGCACAGAUGUCAUCAUCAAGACCAACCUCAAAGACUGCGGGCUAUUCUAGAACAUUCUAGAAUAGAAACAAUCGGAAACAUUCAAGUCAACACUUAACCACCACCAAAAAGACAGAAUGAGAAACGUUCUAGAAUGUUCUCAACACAACCACCACCGCCACACUACAUCGUCAGAAGAACAUCGAUACAAUCUAGAAAAUGCGAACCGAUACAGUCAAAAGUAGAACCAUUCUAGAACAUUCUCAUCUCUAGAUCCUCUCCCCAAUACACUUCUCAAAGACAUGUAUUCUGAAAUAUUGGAAACAGAGUUAGUAGAUAGACUGUUUCUAGAAAAACGUGGAUCUCCAAGUUGUCUCUAGCAGUAAUUUAAUUGAAAAUUUAUAAAGUAGAUGUAAUAAUAUUUUGGUAAAAUAUUGAGAACAUACUAUUGAAGUUGUCGAAAAAAUGUUUUGUACGGUGAUCUUUUCAUUUCCUCAAAUAUAAGCAAAAAAAAAACAAUGGUUUACCCGAAACUUAAAGAAAUCUUUUCUUCCCGGGAAAAGAUGCUUGAAAUUCGGCUUUUCUGUUUUUGCGCAAAUUGAAUUAUUUCGACAUUUUAAUGAUGUAUGCAAUUCAUUAUGGCAUCGUGUUUAUCUAAAGUCGCAAUGAAACUAGCAAUUGAAAAUUGUCAAAUCGGGAAUUUUUUCCCGCAGUGAAUGGUGAAUGUUAACGAUUAGAGUAUAUAAAAUGAGUGCAAUAUGUGUAACGAAAAUGAUACAUGCAUUUUUUCUUUAUAUUUUUCUGUUGAAUUUUAAAGAGGAAUUUAUAAUAACUCAGUUAUGAUUUAUUGUCAGUUUAACUGAGGGAGCUUUACUUCACCAAAUCUAGUGUAAUUAACUAUUUCAUGAUUUAUUAAUGAACCUUUAAAGUUAUCUAUGUCAAUAUGAAUUGGUCAAUAUCUGUAAAAAUUUACUAUUUUUUAAGAAUUUGCAGUUUUUCGAAAAAAAAUUUACGAGCCUGAAUAAUUCAUUUAAUUACUAUUGCUAUUGAAAAAAUGAGAAAUUGAUUUAUUUUGCAGUAAUGUUAGCGAAGCGUUGCAGGCGAUGCGAAAGUGAAAUGUGCUGCCACCUCGACCCCCCCACUCACCCCCAUUCUUCCCUCUCUCGCUUUUCAUGCUACAUCGAUCCAAGGUCAUUUUAUUCUUAAUGAAACAACUCGAUUUAUUUAUCAGUUUGUGAGAUUUAUCAAUCUGGAUAAGUUAAACACUCCUGCCCUAAUGUAUCUGAAUGGUUUUAGUCUCGUUGGUGUUUGGUUUAUAGCUCUGGGGCUUGGGUGCUUAAUGUUAACCAUCAAUUUGAUUCAGAAAAAAAUAUAGUAAAUUCUGUUUCCGCCAAAAUUUUAAAAAGUCCUAUUUUAAUUCAGUAUAUUGGUUUAGUCCGAUACUAUUCCAAUAAACUGAGUCUAGCUGCUAUGAUAUUAAAAGAUAUAUAAAUUGAAAUCGUUUUAAUCAUUUUAAGCAUAAGUCAUUUUUUACUCUACCUUUAUCUAUCUCUUUAAAAAGGUGCAAUUAAUGAAUAAAUUAUGAGCUGUUUUUCAACCUUAGAGUUACUAAAUUCGCUCUUGUGCAUUAAAUGUUGCAUAUUUUUAUAGAACACAAACAGCAGUUUAAAAUAAAUAUAAUUUGCAGAUAAAAAUGUGAUGCAGUUGUAAUUAAGUCAAGUAUUCGUGCAAUAGGAACAACCAAACUGAUACAAUUUUAUAGUUCAAGGGCGAUUUGUUUGAAUCCGGAAGCUAUAAAAAAUAGAAUAUUAAAUCUUUUUCCAGAUUUUCUGUUUCCAAAACAAUU